GCACCCUCUCCCGCCGCCGCUCGGCGCUCUGCCGCGUGCCCUGGCGGCCGCUCCGGUUCCGGUUCCGUUUCCGCUUCCGCUUCCGGGCAGCGGGGCCGCCAUGGCCGCCACGGCCGGGAGCCGCACGCAGAAGAUCGGCAGCGUGUUCAGCCGGGCGCGGAACCUGGUGCGCAUCGGGCUGCUGGAGAAGCCGCUGUGGCUGGACGUGUACGCCGCCUUCCCGCCGCUGCGGGAGCCCGUGUACCGCGUGCCGCGGCCGCGCUACGGCGGCCGGGACCCCAUCGGCGCCGUGCUCUACCGGGAGGACACCGUGCGGGCGAGGUUUUACAGAGUUUAUGGCAAUGGCCCCAAGCCCUUCGACCUGACCCAGCUGAACUUCAAAUCCACCUGCCAGAGGUUUGUGGAGAAAUACAAUGAACUGAAGGAGGAGGGGAAGAUUGAAGAGGAGAGAUUGUUUGAAGAAACAGGAAAAGCCCUUUUAGCCAGUGGCAUCCUCCUACAGAGAAGAGGAGUGGAUAAAGGUGCUGCAUCCAGGGAUCCUGCCUGGCAGCCCCAGCUCCAGGCCGUGCUGGGCGAGCUGCAGAAGAGGAAGGACGGGGAGGAGCAGCCCCCAGAGCAGGCAGCGACACAGAAGGAGAAUCCCUGUCCCUCCUGACAGCCCUGCUGGGCCCUGUCCCCUGCCAGGAGCCCCCUCCAGCCCUCUUUGGGGACAGUGCCCCGAGGAACGGGAUCCUGGUGCCCUCCAGGCUUGUCCAUGGCACACGUGUUCUGCUCUGUCCAGCUCCACGCUGAUAAAAUCACAGAAAAUCUUAUUUUGUUUUAAUGUUCACGACUGUUUUCUGAAACUGAGUUGGAAAAUACCGAGUGUGAAAGUGGAGAAUUAAACCAUUUCCCUUACAAGCUGGAA